GGACGUUGAAUCAAAAGAAAAUUCAAAGAAAUACAAAAAUGCCAGCUAUUGGAAUCGACUUGGGCACCACGUACUCAUGCGUGGGUGUCUUCCAGCACGGAAAGGUUGAGAUCAUCGCCAACGACCAGGGCAACCGGACUACACCCAGCUAUGUGGCCUUUACCGACUCGGAGCGCCUGAUUGGAGACGCUGCCAAGAACCAGGUGGCAAUGAAUCCCAAGAACAGCGUUUUCGAUGCCAAGCGGUUGAUUGGCCGCAAGUACGACGACCCGAAAAUCCAGGACGACAUCAAACACUGGCCCUUCAAGGUCAUUAGCGACUGCGGCAAGCCCAAGAUGAGCGUGGAGUUCAAGGGGGAAGAGAAGCGCUUUGCUCCGGAGGAAAUCAGCUCCAUGGUGCUCAUCAAGAUGAAGGAGACGGCGGAGGCCUAUCUGGGCACUACAAUUCGUGAUGCAGUCAUUACGGUGCCUGCCUACUUCAACGACUCCCAGCGCCAGGCCACCAAGGAUGCCGGAGCCAUCGCCGGAUUAAAUGUCCUUCGCAUUAUUAACGAGCCAACUGCCGCAGCUCUGGCCUAUGGACUCGACAAGAAUCUUAAGGGAGAGCGCAAUGUGCUCAUCUUUGACUUGGGCGGCGGCACUUUCGAUGUCUCUAUUUUGACCAUCGACGAAGGAUCUCUUUUCGAGGUGCGGUCUACGGCCGGCGACACUCAUCUGGGUGGCGAGGACUUUGACAACCGACUGGUAAACCAUCUGGCAGAGGAGUUUAAGCGCAAGUUUAAGAAGGAUCUGCGCACUAAUCCUCGCGCUCUGAGACGCCUUCGAACUGCAGCCGAACGCGCUAAGCGCACUUUGUCCUCCAGCACAGAGGCUUCCAUCGAGAUUGAUGCCCUGUUCGAGGGUCACGAUUUCUACACCAAGGUGAGCCGGGCCCGUUUCGAGGAGUUGUGCGGCGACCUCUUCCGCAAUACCCUGGAGCCCGUGGAAAAGGCCCUAAAGGAUGCCAAGAUGGACAAAGGACAGAUUCAUGACAUUGUCUUGGUAGGAGGAUCCACCCGCAUCCCCAAGGUUCAAAAUCUUCUGCAGGGUUUCUUUGGCGGAAAGACCCUUAAUCUGUCCAUCAAUCCUGAUGAAGCGGUGGCCUAUGGAGCGGCUAUACAGGCAGCCAUUCUUUCCGGCGACGAAAGCAGCCAGAUAAAGGAUGUCUUACUGGUGGAUGUGGCUCCGCUAUCACUGGGCAUUGAGACUGCUGGUGGAGUGAUGACCAAGCUAAUCGAGCGCAACAGCCGCAUUCCUUGCAAACAAUCCAAAACAUUCACAACCUACGCCGAUAACCAGCCUGCGGUGACUAUCCAGGUUUUCGAGGGCGAGCGUGCUCUGACUAAGGACAACAACGUGCUGGGCACAUUCAACCUGACCGGCAUCCCACCUGCACCCAGAGGCGUGCCAAAGAUUGACGUCACCUUCGACUUGGACGCCAAUGGUAUCCUCAAUGUUACCGCCAAGGAGCAGGGCACCGGUAAUGCCAAGAACAUUACGAUCAAGAACGACAAGGGCCGGUUGUCGCAGGCCGACAUCGACCGCAUGCUCAACGAGGCGGAGAAGUAUGCCGAGGAAGAUGAGCGCCACCGCCAAAGGAUCGCCGCCCGCAACCAGCUGGAGAGCUACGUUUUCAGUGUUAAGGAGGCCGCCGAGCAGGGUGGCGAUCGCAUCAGCCAGUCGGACAAGAGCAGUGUGCUGGAGAAGUGCAACGAGGCUGUUAAAUGGCUUGACUCCAAUACCACUGCCGAGAAGGAGGAGUUCGAGCAUAAGCUGGAAGAGCUGACGAAGUUCUGCAGCCCCAUCAUGACCAAAAUGCACCAGCAGGGAGCAGGAGGAGAUGGUCCGCGUACUAACGGCGGCCAGCAGUCAGGAAGCUGCAACAACGGUGGUUACAAGGGUCCCACUGUUGAGGAGGUGGACUAAUUCCAAAUGCCAUAGCAUUAAACUAGUAUUGUUGAAUCUCAGUCUUUAUAGUUUAAAAUAAGUUACUGAAUUUAAUUCAAUUAAAAUAAUAUCUAGUCAGUAGCAAA